AUGGACGAGACGGUGAGAAAGACGCUGCAGAUUAGCGCAAAGAGAAUCAGCUUCCUAAACCCAAAAUGGGACGGUUUCGUCAAAGAUCUUGUCCUGGAAGUUAUUCGUAAGCUUGGAGUACCUGCUCCUAAUAGGAGCAAUGUUCGUGCCGAGCUAUACAAGCACCUUCUCUACGAAGAAGGAGACAAGUUCAAGCCUCACAAAGAUACUGAGAAGAUUGAUGGCAUGUUUGGCACCCUAGUUAUCUGCCUUCCUUCAGAACAUGAGGGCGGUGAGGUAUACCUGCAGCACGGGAAAGAUUCAUUGGAACUAUCCACCGCUACGACAUCAGCGUAUGGUUACUAUUACCUUGCAUGGUAUGCAGACGUCACUCAUGAGAUCAAGCCAGUUCGAAAAGGAUACCGGUGGGUCCUUACGUAUAACCUC